AUGAAGAAAAUAUCUUAUUGUGGGGAAUCUCUCCAAGCAUGGGGGCGAGACUAUACAAGCAAUUUUAAGCAAAGGAUUGGACAUUGCAAGCGGGAAAUCCAGCACUGGAAGAAAGGGUGUGAUGAUAUAUCUAUUCAAAAGUUUCGAGAGGCUGAACUGAAUUUUAGUGAAGUUAUGAACCAACAAGAAGUGUUCUGGCGCCAACGCUCUAAACAAUUGUGGCUUCAAGAAGGAGAUAGUGACAGUAAGUACUUCCAUGCUAAAGCUACUUCUAGAAAGAAGCAUAAUACUAUAAUUCGACUUAUGAAUGAUGUGGGUGACUGGGUUACUUGGGAGGAUGAGUUACCGAAUGUUAUGGUUGCAUUAUUUCACUAA